AUGUGGAGUUUGUGUGUGGGUCUGUGUGUGUUUGCUUGCUCUCUGCAGGCAAUGCCUCUUGGCAAAAAUAACUGCUCAGGUCGCAGCAAGGUGUUGCUGAUCUCCUUUGAUGGCUUCAGGUGGGAUUAUGACAGGAGAGUGGACACACCUAACCUGGACCAAAUGGCUAUAGAUGGGGUGAAAGCCCCUUAUGUGACACCAGCCUUCGUUACCAUGACCAGUCCUACUCACUUCACAAUACUUACAGGAAGAUAUAUUGAAAAUCACGGAGUGAUACACAACAUGUGGUUCAACACCAGCACGUCAGAGAAGAAGCCAUACUACCAAACACAGUUUGUGAACGAGUGGUGGGAUAAUGGCAGCCUGCCCAUCUGGAUCACUGCUCAAAGACAGGGUCUCCAGGCUGGUUCACUUCACUUCCCUGGCACGGCUUCCACCUAUGAUGGUGAAAAAGCAGUAGUGUCUGAAGUGGAGCCUCGGUUCUAUAACUAUAGCAAUGAGACAGCAUGGCGCCAGAACAUCGACAAGGUCAUGAGAGACUGGUUUGGAGAAAAAGAUCUGGACUUUGUGUCCUUGUAUUUUGGAGAGCCAGACAGCACAGGCCACAAAUAUGGUCCAGAAUCUGAGCAGGUCAAGGACAUGGUGAGACAGGUGGACCGAACGGUGGGCUACCUAAGAGCUUCAGUUGAGCGUAACGGCCUCACCCAGUGCCUUAAUAUCAUCAUCACUGCAGACCAUGGCAUGACCACAGUGUUACGUAAUGGUGCAGUGAAUGAGAUUGUACUCUCUAAGAUCCCAGGAUUCUCUUUCCAAGAUCUAGACUUCCAUCUAGUGGACUAUGGGCCAUCUGGUUUGCUCCUCCCUAAAAAUGGAAGGCUAGAGAAAGUAUACAAUGCCCUGAAGGGUGCUCAUCCUCACCUCCAUGUCUACAAGAAAGAGGAAAUGCCCCACAGACUGCACUUUGCCCAAAAUAAUCGCAUAUUGCCCAUCAUCCUAUGGGCUGACUUGGGAUAUGUCAUUAAUGGGUACUUCCCAGUGCAGUUCAACAAAGGAGAACAUGGCUUUGACAAUGACUAUUUGGACAUGAAGCCAUUCUUCCGUGCAGUGGGGCCUGCCUUUCGGAAGAAUUUUAUGGUGGAGCCAUUUGAGACAGUACACAUAUACUCUCUGAUGUGCCACCUGCUGGGCAUCAUACCUGAACCCAAUGACGGACACCUGAAUGCCACGCGUGCCAUGUUGGUCUCCUCUGAACAAGCACAAGAAAAAAACUCAUCUGUUGUAUCCGGAGUGUUCAUUGGCCUCGGGGCUAUGGCGGGUUUGCUGCUGAUUGUGUUUGUUGCCAUGGUGACCCACAGUGUCCUUAAGCGACGGAAGAACAAACAGAGAUCCGGUAGUUUUGAAAAUGCUGAAGAUGAUGACAAAAAGCAAACAUCAUUUUAG